CACAUGUCAAAGAGGUUUCAUAUGUCACUGUUGUUUUGGUUCGAAAUUGAUAGUAUACCACUUCGAAAAGCUAACUUUUCUUCGAAGUAAAAAUGACUAAAGGAUAUAUUAUAAAUCCUAAGCUAUAACUUUGAAAGUAAAUAAAUGUGCCGGGAUAAACGGAAACUAGUAACGACGUUAAAUUCAUCGUUUUCUUUCGUAAUAUGGAAGAAACCACAAACGAAGAAUUUCAAGAAGCUUUGAACAUCUCAGACAGUGAAUAUCAUGACGCAGAAGCUGAUAAAAAUAUCUGUGAGAACCGCAGAUCAUGGUCUAGUAACACACGACAAACGCAUACUGUUUCACAAUUCCUUUCAGAAGAAACUGAGAAAUAUUUUGCAAUGCUAAAAUCUGGAAGUUCAAACUUUGUCGAAUCUGCGAAUAAUGGAGCAUCAUUGAUGACUCAUAAGGAAACGAAAGAUGCUGAAAAAUUUGAUGGAAAUGGUGAUGUUUCGAAGGAAGCAAUACUAGAGGCCAUCCUCAAUGAAAAGAGCUUGAAGAGGAUAUAUUUCGAUGAAAAAUGUAUACCAAAUAAUAAUAACGAAUAUUCUGAUUGUUCUGAAGAGACCAAGGAAAAAAUCAACUUGUGGAGUUACAUAAACCAACUUCCAAAUACGACGGUACAUAGUGAUAAUGACGAAUUUUCUGAUGGGGAUAACACUUUGAACACCAUUGAUGAAGAAGUGAAGGAACUUGAGUUGGAAAUUCAGCAAAUGUUUGACACGCCUAUCUUCCAGAUAGCUGAACCUGUACCCUUGCAACAGGAACCUAAGUCAUCAGGAGGAAUGAUUAAAGUUUCGAAUACUCAAGUACCAUGUAAAAGAAAAAUAUCACCAUUACCAAUUAAACAUAAUGUUGAGACAAGGUCAAAUCAAUCUUUCCGAACAGCAUAUAAUGAUGAUGAGACAAUGAAAUAUCCUGAGACUGAUUUGGAAAACUUCAACAUGAGUCAAUCAACCAUAGAUCAACAAGAUGUAGCAUCUGAAAAGCAAUCAUCUGAUUCAGAGGAUACAGUCACAUUAGUGAAGAAUGGUUCAUUGAAAAUCCACCCCGUAAAUUCAAUAGAAGUAAUUCCUAAAUCGAUAGAAACACAAAAAAUGGACUUGAAAAAAAUCAACAUCGUUGAAAAUCUUCUUCGGGCAAAUACCCUCCUUGAAAACUCGAACUUCUUUGAGAAAGAAGAAUCGAAAACCUUUAAUACUCGUAAAAACAAAUCGAAGCCUAAAAUUUCACAAGAAUUCAGGAAGGUACGGUCGUAUACUGUCAACACGGAGAGCGUUAAAAAAGUACAUAAGAAUACUUCCAAAAGUUUUCACUUUGAUGAGCACUCUCGAUCACAUAUGAGUAUGAAAGCAAGCCCAAAAAUAGAGAAAAAGAUGAAAAUUGAUGCCAAGAGAAAACCAGAAACAAGCAAAUCCAAGAAAAAUAAUAAAGGAAUUAACACACCAAAUAUAAGAAGGAGGAAUUUCUGUUGUCAGAAAAUAGGCGCUUUCAUAGAGUCGGCAAAUUUCUGUUCCAUUUCUCUGACUUUAGAAUCUGUGCAUGAAGAUGUCAGAAAAAAUGAAUUGAUGAAUUCGCUUAAGGAAUAUUUCUGGCUGACAAAAUCAGAUAUGGAAAAGAGUUUGAUACAAUUAGUUAUACUAUGCAUGGGAAAUAAUUUUCAAGAAAUCGCAAUUUCGAAUGAAAAUUUCAGAUUGUACUGUCAGAACGAAUUUUCAUCCAAUUCUAUGCCUGAAAAUGAAGAAAAAGCUGAAAAUAGUGACAAAGAUUCCUUCAAAUCUAAUUUAGUUAGUCAACCAUUAUACAUCGAAACAAUUCUCAGUCAAAGUCAAGUGAACCGAUUAGAAUUUGAAUCAAAAAAUCAAAGCUCGAAUAAAAUUCAGAAUGCAUCGCAGAAUGCAAGUACGAAAGAGGUAAAAUCUUGUAUUAAAGAGGAAGAACUGAACUGAUCCAGAAUGUAAUUCAAAUAAGAUCAAACAAUUGUUCAGAACGUUCUCAUUAUCGUCAAUUACACUUCGAAAACUUAUUGGACACAUCCAUCUCAGUUCAAUUAAAAAAAAAAUGUAAUUAUUUGAACCAUUGGAACGAGGCCAACUAAUAUUCCUAGUACAAAUUUUGUUUAUACUUAGUGCAAAUAUAAUCAUCGUACUUA